GGCAGGAUUAGGAUAAUGGAUAAUGAUUACGACCACGUGGCCCACGAGAGUGGGGGCCCGCAAUCCAGCCCAACUCGUGUCUUUUUGCUUGGAGGCCCAUCUUGGGUGAAUUGGGAUCAGUCGGACCGACGUGACCUAACCGUUCCCCACCAGCUCCGGUCGGCCGGCGUCAUGUCCGGCGGUGGCGUCUUCCUCGGGGUCGACGUCGGCACCGGCAGCGCUCGCGCAGGCCUCUUUGAUGACAAGGGUAAGUUGCUGGGGUCAGCAAGCAACCCUAUACAGAUAUGGAAAGAGAAAGAUUGUGUCGAGCAAUCGUCAACGGAUAUCUGGCACGCAGUGUGUACUGCUGUAAAAUCUGCAUGCUUGCUGGCAAAUGUUGGCGCUGAGGAUGUCCUCGGUCUUGGCUUCACUGCUACUUGCUCCCUUGUUGCUGUGGGUGCUGAUGGUUCUCCUGUUUCGGUUUCUUGGAAUGGUGAUUCAAGAAGGGAUAUCAUCGUGUGGAUGGACCAUAGGGCUGCCGACCAGGCUGGGCGAAUUAAUUCUCAGAAUUCAGUGGCAUUGCAAUUUUAUGGUGGGGGUGUCUACCCAGAAAUGCAAGUUCCAAAGCUUUUAUGGGUUAAGGAGAAUCUGCAAGAGUCUUGGUCUAUGGUAUCUAGGUGGAUGGACCUUGGUAACUGGUUAACAUAUAGGGCGACCGGUGAUGACACCCGCAGCUUAUCACACAUGGAGCAGUGGAGGGAAUCAGUUUCACGUGAUAUGGAUGGAGCGGAUGAGGACUUUUGGGUAGAAAUAGGCUUGGAAGACCUUUAUAAUGGGAGCAACAAAAAAAUAGGACACGAUGUUGCGUUUCCUGGUCAUCCUCUAGGUUCUGGUUUGACACCUGCUUCUGCAAAGGAGUUAGGCUUGCUUCCUGGGACUCCUGUUGGAAUUUCUCUUAUUGAUGCUUAUGCUGGUGGUAUUGGAGUCAUGGAAAGUGUGCCAGAUGAAGAUUUUAAAUCCGACAUGUCUGAUGAAGAAGCAAUAUGCCAUCGCAUGGUUUUGGUUUGUGGGACAUCUACAUGCCACAUGGCUGUUUCAAAGAACAAGCUAUUUAUCCCUGGUGUCUGGGGGCCAUUUUGGUCUGUGAUGAUACCUGAGUUUUGGCUCACGGAAUGUGGCCAAAGUGCAACUGGUGCUCUACUAGAUUACGUUGUUCAAAACCAUGUUGCCGCUCCCCUUCUGGCUAAUCAGGCUGCUUCUCAAAGUGUGUCCAUUUAUGAGUUGAUGAACAAGAUAUUGCUUUCAAUGUCACAUGAACAAAAUAUGCCUUUUCUUUCUGCCUUAAGUCAAGACACGCAUGUCCUUCCUGAUUUUCAUGGAAACCGGUCCCCUGUGGCUGAUCCAAAAUCUAAGGGGGUGAUUUGUGGCUUGACACUUGAUACAAGUGAGAAGCAGUUAGCGCUUAUCUACCUAGCAACAAUUCAGGGCAUUGCUUAUGGUACUCGUCAUAUCGUGGAUCAUUGUAAUGCUCACGGGCACAAGAUCGACACUCUUCUUGCGUGUGGCGGACUUGCAAAGAACUCCUUGUAUAUCCAAGAACAUGCAGAUAUCACCGGUUGUAAAAUAAUCCUUCCCAGGGAGAACGAGUCUGUGCUUUUAGGGGCUGCUAUUCUGGGUGCUGUUGCUGCAAAGAAGUUCUCCGGCGUUCAUGAUGCAAUGAAAGCACUGAAUGCAGCCGGGAAGGUUGUGCGUCCGUCUUCGGAUCCUAGGGUGAAGAAAUACCAUGAGGCGAAGUAUCAGAUAUUCAGGUCCCUGUAUGAUCAGCAGCUCUCCCACCGCUCAACCAUGGUGCAGGCAUUGCAAUAGCCAGUAGGAACAUUUAUGAUCACUAUAAGCUGCGGUUCUUGGUUCUCAAAACGAUGUCUCUAAAAUUUGAUUGUAGAACAGGAUGAUCCUUCGUAAGUCGAUGUAUGCGGCACGCAUUUUUGGUUCGGGCAUGAUGACCAGCGAUUUCUGAUCAUUUCUGGUCAGCAAUUUGACUCUGCAGCAAGCUUAAUGGAGUUUAGAGCAUCGAUGAAAUUGAAAUAUAUCAUGCAUUUUUUUCCAUUA